AUAACAUAUCUUUCCUAAAUCAUCAAACUAUUUCUCCAUUCUCCCGGAUAUCAUAUAAUAUUAUUUAUGUCGUACGACAAGUAAUAAAACUAUAUAUUAUAUAUAAGUUCGAAGUAUAAUUUAUCACCAUGAAAUUCGUUAGAAAUACGAAUGUUUUUGUUUUGUUUUAUGUUUUGGUAGUUUCUAGUACAAUCAUCUCAGCAAAACCAGCAACAUUUGAGCAAGAUUUUAAGGUUACUUGGGCUGAUUCCCAUUUAAAGCCUAUUGAAGGAGGAAAGACAAUCCAACUUAAGCUUGAUCAAUCUUCUGGAUGUGGUUUUGCCUCGAAAUAUAAGUAUCUAUAUGGACGUGUGAGCAUCAAAAUCAAACUUGUUCCGGGAGAUUCAGCAGGAACUGUUACUGCAUUUUAUAUGAAUUCAGACACAGACAAAAUACGUGACGAGUUGGAUUUUGAGUUCUUGGGAAACAGGACAGGACAACCUUAUACAGUCCAAACAAAUAUUUAUGCUCAUGGAAAGGGUGGCAGGGAGCAAAGAGUUAAUCUAUGGUUUGAUCCUUCUGCUGCUUAUCAUACCUAUACCAUUCUUUGGAACCACAAACACACAGUGUUCUAUGUGGAUGAAGUUCCCAUAAGAGUAUACAAGAACAAUGAAGCAAAAGGAAUCCCAUAUCCCAAGUCACAACCAAUGGGAGUGUUUUCAACCCUAUGGGAAGCCGAUAAUUGGGCGACACGUGGCGGAUUGGAGAAAAUUGAUUGGAGCAAAGCCCCAUUUUAUGCCUACUAUAAGGACUUUGAAAUUGAUGGGUGUCCUACACCAGGACCAAAGACUACUUCUUGUGCCUCAAAUAUGGGUAAUUGGUGGGAAGGUGCAGCUUAUCAAGAGUUAACCCCUAUGCAAGCAAGAUUAUAUCGAUGGGUUCGCCAAAACCACAUGAUUUACGACUAUUGUAAUGAUAAAUCACGUUUUACAGUUCCUCCUCCAGAGUGUACGGCUGCAGCUUCUUAAGACUCGGCCACAAGACUAUCAGUACGUUUAUCGAUCCGUUUAUUUGUGUACGUAGUACGUGCUACGUUGUGCUAUUGUAUCGAAUGUCUUACGUACGUACGUGCUACGUACGUACUACACAUAUCCCUAUAUGUGUGUAGCUAUGUUGAUCGAUCAUACAAUGUAAGUAUGUAAUCAUACUAUUACUGCUACGUUACACUUGUGUCUGUGGCGGAGCCAAUUUGUAACAAGUGGUGUCAUGUGACCCUACUUGGCCAAAAGAAAUUGCAUAAUUAGGGUUUAUUUAGAGGCCACAAGACUAUCGGUAUGUUUAUCGAUCCGUUUAUUUAUGUAUGUGCUACGUUGUGCCAUUGUAUUGAUUGUAUUACGGAGUACUAGUAUGUUGGAAAAUAAAUGAUAUGUUAUACCGUGUACUACAUAUAA